AAGACAGGAGCCUUAAAGAGCAAUAGGAGACUCGAUCAGCUCAUCUCCAAGGAACAAUGAAUAUCUGCAGAUAUGCAGAGAGACAGAGCCCUAGUGAAGGUGAUGUUUAUGCAUCAUCGCACCACUUUGACUGCCCCCAAAUUAGGAUUGUCCUGCUGGGCAAAACAGGAGUGGGGAAAAGUGCAGUUGGCAACACCAUCCUGGGCAGGACGGAAUUUGAAUCUGCCCUCAAGAAUGUGUCUGUCACCCACCGGUGUCAAAAGGAAUAUUGUGACAUUUCCAAUAGACACGUGGCUGUUAUUGAUACACCAGGCCUGUUUGACACUGACCAGCCCAGUGAACAAAUCCAGAAUGAGAUAGUGAGAUGUAUCCAGGUCUCCUCCCCAGGGCCACAUGCUUUCCUGGUGGUCAUGCAACUGAACAGAUUCACAAAGGAGGAGAAGAUGUGUGUCGAAGCUCUGCAGGAGAUCUUUGGUGAAGAAGCAAAUAAAUUUAUGAUCAUCCUGUUCACUCGUGGAGAUGACCUCCAAAAGCAAACCAUUCAUAACUUUGUCAGGGAUGCUCACCCAGACCUGAAGGGGGUGAUCAGGAAGUGUGGGGACAGGUACCACGUCUUCAACAACAAUGACUCGUCCAAUAGGGACCAGGUGAAUCAGCUAUUGGACAUGAUUGAGCGCAUGAUGGCCAUGAAUGAGGAAAAUUUCUAUACACAGGAGAUGUACAAGGAAGCAGAGACAAAGAUUAGCAAGAAGGUUGAGACCAUGAUCAGGGCGAGGAAUAAGGAGAUCAAUAGAAAGAACAGAGAAGAGAGAAAAGGUUUCAGGGAACAGCGGGAGAAGAACAGGUUGAAAGACACACAGAAACCAGCACAUGAGCUGGAGGCAGAGAUUGACAAGAAGAUCAAUAAAAUGAAGGAGGAAAUUGAAAGGCAGAUGAGAGAGAUGUUAAUAGAACCUCAAAGGUUGGAAAACAUAAAAAAAAUAGCAUAUGAGCUUGGUAGUGCAGUGGAUGCAGAGAUUGACAAGAAGAUCAGUAUAAUGAAGGAGGAGAUUGAAAGGGAGAUGAUAGAGGUGUUAAGAGAGACUCAAAGAAAAGCAGAGGAGUCAGAGCUUAAUUUCAGUUUUGCAAAAAAACUGAAGCAGAAAGUCGCCCGGGCUUUCAGGAUUAGUAAGCAGUGAUGCCUCUAACAUUUUUUUGAAUAACUUUGUCAUUAUAGUCAUUACAGACUUACAGGCAUUAUGAUUUUUUGCAAAAUUACCAAAACAAAAAGUGUCAUGUGUUGUAUUGGAGACCUUUGUUGAUAACGUUUGUUGAUAAUUUAACACAUUUUUACAAAUAAGGUUCACCAUGUUUUAAAGCUUUAAACAUCAUCCUAAAACAACCAGUUGUAGGUUUAUAUUGAAUGCAUUUAUUUGGAGUGCAGGUGUGAGACACACCUGGGUUAAGAGAAUCUGUCUUUUGGUUUUAUUUUACAUGAAUACCAAAAAAGAAUGGAAGAAAUGGUUUACCCCACAAUGUAAAAAGUGUUCAUGUUAUUUAAAUUUCAAAUGUACAGUUUAAAUAAAUUCAUUUUCUGUUUAUUUAAAUGAAGUCUAAUUUCAAAAGUGUCAGAAUUCUUAAAAAUAUAUAUAUAUUAUGUCUUUUAAAGAAAAAAUGUAACCAUAUAGCAAUAGUGAGUUGA